UGACGACCUGUAAACCACGCCCACAUGAUCCUACCCACGUGUGCUUAUUUCAGCGAGGAACUUGUCACGCGUUCUGACUUAUGUUUAUCCUUUGUACAAUUAUGUUGCAGUCAUAAAUCCUGUAUUUUACUAUCGCAGAAUAGGGUACUUAGUUAGAUUUACUCUGAUUUGAGAAAAUUGUCUAUUAUUGUUAGCUUUAAAGCUAGCAUAGUAGUGCACACCAGGUGCAUUAUUUAGCUAGAUACAUAGGUAGCUAGCUACUGUGGUGUUGUCUGGAAAGUAGCUCAAGUCGUUUUUUUCCGAAAUGGCAAGUCUUGCUUCCAAGGACUCCUAUGUACAAAUGUUAGCCAGUAAAGUGUGUGCUCAACCGAGUAGAGAACCAAGGAAUAGUCCAUUUGUACCUUUUCGAAGUGGGGGUGAUGCUGGUCCUCCUAAGAAGAAGAACAGAGGCAAACAGAAAAACACUCAAGGAAAGCACGUCAAUAUGAACAAGACACAGCACCAGAAGCCACCACUGAUUCCCUUUCAAAAGGCAAAAACAAGCACAGUGAAGAAUGGAUUUGGGACUAAGGAACAGAAUGUCCCUGAACCUAAAGUUCAUAAUGGCAUGAACAGGACACAAAAGAAGCCUGAAGGUGGAACUACAGGGGCAACAUUCUCAACUGUAGAUAUUCUACGACAGAGGCUCCAUGAGAAGAUUGAGGAGUCAAGAGGCCAGGGAGCAGCUAAAGAUCCAUCUUCAGAAGCUGUUCAGGCCAAGCGAACCAAGCGGAAGUUGGAGAGAGAACGGAAGAAGAGGAAAAGGAAGGGGUUUCUGAUGAAAAAGCUGGCAGAGAAAGCUGGAGAAGAACUUGCUCAGGAGAUCAAACAGGAAGACACCCCUGUGGUCACUGCUCCAGUAACUGGCAAGAGGGAUGAGACUGCCAUCGUUUUUAACAAGGUGGAAAUGGUAGAGGAGGUCUUUGUGAGUAAGGAGCAGAAGAAAAAGGACAAGAAGAAGAGCGUGAAGGGCAACCUGACGCCUCUUACCGGGAAAAACUACAAGCAGCUUCUGGGCCGUGUGGAAGCACGCAAGGCCAAGCUGGAGCACCUAAGAGAGACAAAUGAGAAGAAGGCCAAAGUGCUGGAGGAGAAGAUGAAAUGGACCAACGUUCUGUACAAGGCAGAGGGCCUCAAGAUCAAAGAUGACGAGAACCUCCUUAGGACCUCCCUGAAGAGGAAGGAGAAGAUGCGCUCUCAGAGGAAGAUCAAAUGGACAGAGCGUAGUGAGACAGUUGUACAGAAGAUGCAGCACAGGCAGGACAAGAGACGAAGGAACAUCCUGAAGAGAAAGAAGGGUAACGUGGAGAAAAAGAAGGAGAGAGCACGAAAGAAGGGCAGAGUGCUGCCACAGGAUCUGAAGAAGGCUGCCUUGUAAAGAAAGGAUGGGUAUAGGGCAAGUUAGGAUUAUGUAAAACAGACUGUAAAUUGUGGAUAUUAUAGUCUGGUACCUAGACUGUAGGUGUGAUUCAUAAUGUCACUGUAUCGAAUAAAAUG